GGGCCGGCUCCCGGGCCUCAGGGUCAGGUAUGUCCUCUUGGUCUGGCUGGGCAUCCUGGGAGGCAGCUGGAUGAUGUACCUGCACUACUCAUCCUACUCGGAGCUCUGCCGCGGCCACAUCUGCCGCUUGGUCAUUUGCGACCAGUACCACAAGGGCAUCAUCUCGGGCUCCAUCUGCCAGGACCUGUGUGAUCUGCACACAGUGGAGUGGAGGACCUGCCUGUCUGUGGCCCCCGGGCAGCAGGUGUACAGCGGGCUCUGGCAGGACAAGGAGGUGAUCAUCAAAUGUGGCAUUGAGGAGGCCCUGGGCGCCAAGGCCCGGCCGGACGUGGCCCCCCGGCGGGAGCUGGUGCUGUUUGACAAGCCCCCCCGGGGCACCUCGAUGAAGGAGUUCCGGGAGAUGACCCUUGGCUUCCUCAAGGCGACCCUGGGAGACCUGCCGUCCCUGCCCGCGCUGGUGGGGCAGGUCCUCGCCAUGGCCGACUUCAACAAGGACAGCCGGGUGUCGCUGGCCGAGGCCAAGUCGGUGUGGGCCCUGCUGCAGCGCACCGAGUUCCUGCUGCUGCUGGCCUUGCAGGGGAAGGAGCACACGGCGCGGCUGCUGGGCCACUGCGGGGACCUGUACCUCACCGAAGGCCGCCCGCACAGCUCCGCCCACGGCACCGCGCUGCCCGCCCCGCUGCGGCCCCUGCUGCCCGCCGCCCUGCUCCGCGCCCUGCAGCAGUGGGUGGGCCCCGCGUGGCCCUGGCGGGCCAAGGUCGCCGUCGGCCUGCUGGAGUUCGUGGAGGAGCUCUUCCACGGCGCCUACGGGACCUUCUACAUGUGCGAGACCACGCUGGCCAACGUGGGCUACACGGCCAGCUACAGCUUCAAGAUGGCCGACCUGCAGCAGGUGGCGCCCGAGGCGGCCGUGCGACGCUUCCUGCAGGGCCGCCGCUGUGAGCGCAGCCAGGACUGCACCUACGGGCACGACUGCCGGGCGCCCUGCGACCGCCUCAUGCGGCAGUGCAAGGGUGACCUCAUCCAGCCCAACCUGGCCAAGGUGUGCGAGCUGUUGCGGGGCUACCUGCUGCCCGGCGCGCCCGCCGCCCUCCGCCCGGAGCUGGGCCGGCAGCUGCGCACCUGCACCACCCUGAGCGGGCUGGCCAGCCAGGUGGAGGCGCACCACGCGCUGGUGCUCAGCCACCUGAAGACGCUGCUGUGGAAGGAGAUCUCCCACACCAAGUACUCCUAGCGCCCGGGCCUGUGGGGGGCCGGGACCCCACACAGCCGUCUGCCGCUGG